AUGAACAAUCACUGCUUUAAACUAGACUGCAAAAAUCAAGUAUACGGUAAAUGUGAAUGCCAAGGGAAAACUCUAUUCUGCUAUGAACAUCUUGCUGAGCAUGUAGAGUUCUCAAGUCCAAGAGGGCAUCAGUGCAUAAGAAAUUAUUUUAAGCCAUCGCCAGAACUUAUAAAUCCAAUUAUUCAAAAAAUGUUAGAAAUUUCUAGCGAUUUAAAGCUUUUUAGAAAUCAGAUGGUGCAGAAUUCAUAUGAGAUUAUCAAGAGCGUCAAAAAGCACUUAUACUUAAAUAGUUUAAAGAUUCAAAGUAUAAAAAUUACAAUAAAAAAUUAGUUUCCAUAAAUAUAAAUAGUUUAUUGUUAACUAAAAAUAUGCUAUAAAUAAUUCAAAUAAACAAAGCAUAGAUAUUUUUAUGGAGGAAAUAAAUAAAAUAGAACUAAAGUGCAAAAGAAUGGUGGAAAUAUUGCAAGGAGAGGGGAAAAUCCUAGACAUUUUUUCUGAAAAUGAUAUAGAAAAUAUAUUAAAACUUGAUAUACAACAGGCUCAACAAAAGUUAUUAGGGUGAAAUAAAAAUCUACAAAUAAAUAAUAAUGGAAUCAUAGAUUCAAUCAAUAAAUUCUUUGAAAUACCUUGAGAUCCUUUCAGAAAACAAAUAAAAGAUGUUGUCGAAUCUAAAGAUUUAUCUUUUUUUAGACAUAAAACAAAAGAUUUUAUCACAGUUAAUCUUGAAAAUUUUCAGAUAACAACUGUGGCUUUAGAUUUGCCACAAGUAAUUGCUGGGUAUGAUUAUAGCUGUUUUAUGCUUCCUAAUAAAAGCUACUUUUACUAUUUAAAUGGAAGAAGCUUUGGCUUUAUUUUCAUUAUAGAUGAGCAUAGAAACAUUACAACAUUAACUGAAGCCAAAAUAAAUUAUUAUGUUGACCUAAUUAUUAUAGAAAACUCUGUUUAUAUAAUUGGAGGGAGAAAUAAUUUAGCAGAAAAAUAUGAUAUGGGAAGCAAUAAAUGAGAAAGAUUGGCCUCUUUGCCAAAUAACUUGAAUUUUGAUAUAAGCUGCAAUAUACAGUUUGAUCAUUCAAUUCUUAUAACAGGGUAUUAUUUACAGAAAAUAAUAAGCUACUGCACUAUUCACAAUAAAUAUAAAGAACUUUCUGAUAUUAUUCUACAAGAAAAAUGCUAUAAAAUAUUUAUUAGUGGCAAUGAUAAGAUCUAUGCUAUAGAACAAGGAGGAAAAAAUUAUGAAAGUGAGAUAAAUGAUGUAUCAAGAUGAAAUAUUAUUGGCUGCAAUAAUAUGCCAUCAAACUAUUUGCAAUCUGUUAAAGUCAGAUAUAAAAAUGAUAUUUAUUUUGUCCAAUAUAGCGAUAUUCUUUGGAAAUUUGAUCUUUCUUAGAAGCAGCCAUAAUUAAAAUAUGGCGUCUUUACCUGGCAUAGCCUUCGGCCACGCAGCUUCUGAGCACAUAUUUUAAUUAUAUUCUGGAAAUGAGCAGCAAUUCCAGGUAAGCAGCAUUGCAGGGCAGAGCCUGGCCCAUUUUCAACCAAUGGAAUGGCUUUUACGUCGAAGGGAAGGAGGGUUCAGGUUUGGAAAGGGCAAGCCCAGCAAGGUCUACAGGAAAUACCUAGACCAAUCGGGCAACUUCCUAGAGUGAAACUGGGAGUUACGCCCCUGGAUCUAGGUUUUUCCUUUUUGCCGAGAGGUCAUUAGAAAUUCCAUUUUUUGGAUUUUUGAGUGGUCAACUUCUUACAGCUUAAGCAGUAAGCCGCAGAAGGCCAUAGCCCGCCCAUUCAGCACUCAAACCGCAAGGGGAGGAGUAGACGUCCCGGUGGAUAAAGCCGAAGACGGCGCAAAGCAGGUGAACUCUAAAUAUUGGGUCCUUGAUGAGUGCGCAAUCAAAAAGGUAGACACCUUCUAAUUAUUAAGUUAAGUCAAAUCAAGUUCUUCGAAGCAGCUAUCUCAAAUCAAGGCAGUUUAA